GCACAUAUCUCAGUCAAGUCAGUGCGGUACUACUCUCUCCUCGGGAGGAGCGAGCACCUUUUGCAUUGUGUGUGUGAGUGUGCGAUAGGAGUGAACUUCGGCUAUGGAUCCGCCGCAUGGCUUCGGCAUUUGGAUGCUUUGCAUUCUCAGCGGAUGGCCCGGUGGUCCUCCAGGCCGUCUGCUCAAUGGAGACGCGUGGGUCCAGAUUGCUCCUGUGCAAAAAGGAAGCGGCGUCUGCCAAGACAUCAGGCCCGGCAUAGACAUCACCUUUCACUUGUACCGCUUUUACGAUGGACAUGACGCAGAAGACUACAAAAUACUCAUCACGUACGACAAAGAAAACUUGACCGCCGCAGGCAUCAACCCCGAUUACCCGACCGUAUUCUACGCCCAUGGCUAUUUGGCCGGGCCCGAUUCCAUCGAGUCGAGGACCAUCAGGAGAGCCUACGCCGCCAGAGGUGGUUACAAUUUCGUCACAGUCGGAUGGAGACCACUCGCAGGCGGUCCGUUCUACCACUCGGCCGUGGAAAAUGUGGGCCCCCUGGGCUAUCAGAUCGCGCAGAUGCUCGACUUCAUGGAGAAAAACGCUGGGCCUCUGAAGGACCUGCACUUGAUUGGGAACAACCUGGGUGCCCACGCGAUGGGGGUGGCAGCCAGAAGGACCUACGUCGUCAGAGUGCCCAGAAUAACAGGUUUCGACCCAGCGAUGGCAAAUAUUUCAAACUUCCCCUUAGAGCAGCGGCUAGAUCCAGGAGACGCGUAUUUUGUGGACGUAAUCGACACCGACAGCCCAUCAGAAAAGAGGCCGCACGACUUUGGGCACGCCAAUUUCUACAUCAGCAGAGCAAAGCCAACUAAGUGUCAUGUGCCCAGAAUUCUGCGCUUCCCUUCUAACUACUACCGCAGAGCUUUCUGCGGCCACGGACGUGCCUUCGAGGUGUACGCCCGCAGCGUGCUGCACGAAAACGCGUUUCCCGCGAUGCACUGUGCUAGCUACACCGCCUUCAGACAGGGUUUGUGUCGCGAUCCAUCAGAAGCUGUGCCCAUGGGAUUCAAGGCGCCGAACAGCGCCCGAGGCAACUACUUUCUUUUUAACGAGAAGCAACUGUUUGGCCUGGGAAACGCGCUGGGAGCUCAACAAACAUCAAAUCAGAUUGGCCUGCGCCGCUCCGCGCCGCCGACGUCAGCUUCCACCAAUGGAUACCUCGUGAAGCAAAUUCAAGACUUUCUUGGCUUUCAACGCGCGUGAGCUCAGGGAUCAAUUUAAUUGCUUUUUAAAAACAAGCAAUUCGAGAGGCGAAAACUGCGUUUAUUAACAGGCCUAUUAAUUUUGUAUUUAUUUAUCACUUUUCAAAAUGCAGUCUUUCCGUAUGAGUAAACUGCGUUUAUGAAUAUCAAUUAAUAUCUCAUAUCUGCUGCUGACGUUUGACCCCAGCGAACGCGCUAUCCCGUGCCAAAUGGUGGAGUGUGAAGCCCGUCUGGCAAAUUUAUCAGAUGCAGACUGCUGUGACAAAUUAUUGUGUGAUGCUGUUUGCGAGGCAGAUGCUGUGAAUGGCGCUAAAAUUAUUCAUCAGCAUCAGCAGCUAUAGCUUUUAACUUGAUAUACAUUCAAACGUGCUGAGCCCUUUCUAAAUAUAUGCACGAGAAAUGCUCCGAGUAAACAUAAACAUUUGGCUGCAUGUGUACUUCUGGGCUGGCAAAUGUACAUUUAUAUGUGGAUAUGUGUGUGGUUUGUUAUUCCGCUGGCAAAUUCUUGUUCGUUUUAGCAGCUCCGUGCUAAUGCAAUGCAUCAUUGUGUAUUUUACCAUCAACAUGGACAUUCAGCGAACCAAAAUUAGCCUUUGUGUGAGAGGUAGAAAGGUAGUUUAUGUUUUGUAAUUGCCAUUGCGAGUGCUAUUUGUUGUACCUCUGCAAAAUAAACAUGUUUUGAUGAAAA